AGAAAGGAUUUAUGUGCCGCCGAAUCCCGGUAGCGUGACUGCCAAGGUGGAUCUUUCAGCAGAGUGGAUCUAGUUUCAACGGCAUUAAGUUGUUUUAGCGUGAUUUUAGCGUGGUCCAAGCGUUAGACCCUUCCAAUUGUUCGGCUGCCCCGCGGUCACAUCUGCAAAGGUUUGGCUGAUUGUUCUAGACUGGACUCUGACUUGUUUUUCUUUCGCGACUGCUUUUCCUUCCGUAUUUUCUUGCGGAUAAAUCCUGUCUGGCAUCUCGUACGAACCUACAAUCAAUUAAGACACCCGUGCGCAAAUAUCUCAUUUCAAGAUGGGUGGCCAGAACAGAGAAGGCGGCAAGAUCAAGCCUCUGAAGGCUCCUAAGAAGCAGGCGAAGGAUCUCGAUGAAGAUGAUAAGGCUUUCCUCGAGAAGAAGCGCGCUGACGAGAAGGCACGCGCAGAGAUGGCCAAGAAGGCUGGUGGCAAGGGACCGUUGAACAGCGGCAACCAGGGCAUCAAGAAGAGCGGCAAGAAAUAAGAAAGAUCCGAUACUCCACAUACCUACUCUACGGUUCACGGAAGCAACGAAGCCAUGAUGCUGAGAAUAUGGUUGCAUACAGCGUAGGCGCUUCAAGGAUAGACAUUACUUUUCAUAUUGCUGCCGGGUUUCAUGGGGUUUCAGGGAAUAUUUUACGCUAUGACGCUCAAUACACCAAUCCAUACACACGUCAUUUCUUCUGAUAUGCCAUUGAGACUUUCUCUAACAAAAAUUCACAUGUUUAGCCCG